AAUAUCUUUUCGGUGACCGCGAAUUUGGUUUAGUAUAAUAAUAUUAUUUAAAUUAGUAUAAACACAAACACCACAUUGCUCCCGAAGUCAAAAAUCUAAUAUUUUGUUCAUAAAUUUACUUAGUAUUGAUACAGACGAAGAUAAAUAAUAUUGAUGAUUAUGCAAUUUAAUAAUAAUUGCAGCUAACGCAAAUCAAUUUCUUUGAAAAAUAUGCUUUACUUAAGAAAAUAGCAAAUUUGUUCUUGAAAUAUGAGUUAUACGUAUAUCAGUGAUGUGACCUGUGAAAAUGUGAAUUGGAAAACUCUUAUUUUAAGUGAAUGGGGUGAUACGGCUACGAGUGCGAGUAUUUGCUUCUAUAAAGAAAAUACAACUUUGACAGAGCACAAUUUGGUUUUGAUCGUUUGGUCUUUUUUUGAUGCAGUGUUUAAUGAGUUCUUUGAGUAUUUUUGUCGUUACUUGAGUCAAAAAGGCACUCAAUUUCUUGAAGUGGUAUACAACUUGUGCUUGGAUUUCUUUAGUUGGAUUCUAUUAUCAGUGAAACUCCUUGAGAUUGAGAGUGAUGUAUUAGUACAAGCCUCAUUGAAAAUAUGCCUCAUAUUAUUUGUCAUAUCUACUGUCCGUUGGAUUCGGAAAGCUUUAAAUAGUUUUCGAACAGAAACUAGUUUAGAAAAUUCAGCAGACAUUUCGCCGGUCAUAUCUGGUUCGUCUGUGAAGCAAAAUAAGGAUGGUACUGAAGUCACAGAUUUAUUAGAAAACAAUUUAACUCUGGAGAUUAAACACGAAACAUUGGAGUUGGAAGAAAAAAAACGCAAGAAGCCCACAAUUUCAAAAAGGCGAAAAUGGAAAUCUGCCGGGCCAAUACUCGUAUCAAGAAAAAGAAAGAAAAUAGCGGAUCCUUUUAUUUCGGAAAUAGUACCUUCAGAAGCUCCACUGUGUAAUAAAAUAUCAGAGCCAAGGGGAACUCUAAGCACGACAGAUGAAAUUUUCCCAGAAUCACCAGACUCUAGUCUUUAUGGAUCAGACGAGGAACAGGAGGAUGCGUCACAGUAUUGCCGUGGGGGUUACCAUCCUGUAGUAAUUGGCGAUGUCUUCGAUGGUCGGUUUAGAGUGGUGAGAAAGCUAGGAUGGGGCCACUUCUCCACUGUGUGGCUUUGUCGAGAUAUUAAAGAAGAAAAAUAUGUAGCUUUGAAAGUAGUGAAAAGCGCUCCGCAUUACAUUGAGACAGCUGCUGAUGAGAUUCGCCUUCUCGAAGCAAUACGAGACGCAGAUCCUGCUGAUCCUAAAGGCGAUCGAAUCGUUAGACUUCUGAAUCACUUCACAGUUCGUGGUGUCAAUGGAGUGCACACGUGUUUAGUGUUCGAAGCACUUGGUUGUAGCCUAUAUAAACUUAUUGUUAAAAACAAUUAUCAGGGUUUGGCAUUAUCACAAGUCAAAAAUAUCAUAAGACAGGUUCUAGAGGGACUCGAUUAUUUACAUACGAAAUGCAGCAUCAUACAUACUGAUAUUAAACCGGAAAAUAUUUUAUUAGUGAUCGAUAAUGCAGCAGCAAUGAACCAACAAAUCGACGAUGAAAUCAACAGUUUGAGGGUUAAGGGCAUUGAGUUUCCGGAUUCGUACAUAAGUUCCAUUGAAAAACAAACUAAAACCAAAGAAAAGUGGCCACUAAUAGACAGUUCUCCGACAUCUCUCAUUUUAUCAACUCACAUUCAAAACAAGAACAGUGAAUUAGAGUGUGCACUUCAUAAGGAUGAUUCCUCUACUUUAGACACAUCUCUAAUUUCAACAAUUUCCAAAUUCUCUGGAGUGCUCGAUAGUGACCACAAUGAAAGCUCGUUAGUUUCCUCAUUAGGAGCUACGGCACCAAUUAGUAGUCGCUAUCGCACUGAGAAGAAAAUCACUGCCAAGUCAGGUGACGACGACGAGCGAAUCGAACCUAAAGACUUAAUAGCACAAGAGGAGCAUAACGAUAUGGUAGCCGAAAAGGAACAACCUAAUAACUCUCAGAUUAAUCUUCAGAUGCAGUCGUACACAAAUUCUAUCCAGGCUCUGAUCAACAACAGCAAUGUUCGUGUUAAAAUUGCGGAUUUGGGAAAUGCUUGCUAUGAUUAUCAUCAUUUUACUGAAGACAUCCAAACGCGACAAUAUCGUUCUAUAGAAGUUCUUCUAGGAGCACCUUACAACUUUAGUGCUGAUGUUUGGAGCACUGCAUGCUUGGCUUUUGAGUUAGCUACUGGUGAUUAUCUAUUCGAUCCACACGCUGGUGAAAAUUAUUCCCGUGAUGAGGAUCAUUUGGCACACAUUAUAGAGCUUUUGGGCACAAUUCCACCUUCUGUUAUAUUUAGGGGGAAACAUGGCUUAAAGUAUUUUACUAGUUAUGGUGGCUUGCGGAACAUCACCAAACUCAAACCCUGGAGUCUUUUAAAUGUUUUAAUAGAAAAAUAUGACUGGGACCCAAUAGAAGCGAAAAAAUUUGCAGAUUUUUUAAUGCCAAUGUUGGAGUACAACCCAAUCAUACGAGCAUCGGCUUCAGAAUGUCUAAAACACCCCUGGUUAGAGGAAUUCGUUUAAAUACUUUUAUAUAUACCUGCAUACAUAUGUAGUUGGAAGAAAACAAAUAUCAUGAGAAAUUAAUUUAUUCAUUUUGAAGUUUAAUAAAAAAAACAUCUGACUGAAUCUA